GAUGAGGAGACAGAGCCGCUCGGGCUCUGAGAAAGCAAGACCGGUGCAAAUGAUGAUGCUAAACAUGCAAUCUGAUGUACCGAUGCUAAGCAUCGUCCGCUACCACUUUACAUCUGUGUCACAUGACAUCGCACGGAGAUAUGAUGGUUUUGAUUGUCGUUAGCCCUUCCGUUCCUGUCCUUCGGCCGAGCUCUCUCGUAAAUCUCCCGGCUUGCCGGGGGUUUUACGCGAGCCGAGGUCAUUCCGGGCGUUCCUUUGAAACUUUGCGAUAUCAACGCUGUCACAUCUCAUAUCCAUCUGUGUGCGUCGAAAAUGGCCUACCUAGUAGACUACUAUGUCUACAGCUCGAGGUGCUACCCUGGCGAGCCGCCUAAUCACAUCGGCUUCAGCUACAUUUUGCCCAGCACGCUGCAGGCCAGCGUCGGGCUCCUCACGAUACCGAUCACCAGCACCAAACAUCGGCCCAUAGGACAACUCACCAUCGAGUACGUCCGCAUCACGCCGAUUCCCGAUUAUCCGUGGGACAUGAGCAUCUCCUAUGCCAAGCAUUGGGAACAAAGGUGGUCGGGCUUGGACGUCGGCCAUCGCGGACUUGGGACGUCCUUCAAGUUUGAGACGAAGAACUGUGCGAACGUCCGGGAGAACACCAUAGCGUCCUUGAAAACGGCCUCGUAUCACGGUGCCGACAUGGUCGAAUUUGACGUACAAUUGUCCAAGGACAUGGUCCCGGUUGUUUAUCACGACUUCUACGUGUCGAUAUCGUUAAAGCGCAAGAAGCAAAUAGAGGCUAUGGAUAUGCUCGAGAUCCCGGUGAAGGAUCUCACGUUGGAGCAGCUGCAUCUGCUCAAGGUUUACCAUGUGGCCGAGGGCAGGGAGAAGAAUCCAAGAUUCUUCGACGAAGACCUCGAAGAUCAUCAACCAUUCCCUACUUUACAGACCGUCUUACAGGAGUUGGAGCAGCACGUCGGUUGCAACAUAGAAAUAAAGUGGACGAUGCAGUUAAAGGACGGAACGUUCGAGCUAAACCACCCCUUCGACCUAAACAUGUAUCUGGAUAUCAUCCUGAAGGUCGUGCUCGAAUACGGCGGCGAUAGGAAAAUCGUAUUCUCCUGUUUCAAUCCAGACAUUUGUGCAAUGAUCCGGCUGAAACAGAACAAGUAUCCUGUAGUUUUCUUAACUCAAGGAGUAACCGCCAAGUAUCCUACGUACCAUGACCCAAGGUGCCAGACGAUACCGAUGGCCAUGAGGCACGCCCUGGCAGCUGACAUUCUAGGAAUCAACGUACACACGGAAGACAUUCUAAGGGAUCCGUCCCAGGUGAAAUUAGUCAAGGAUGCUGGUCUCAUCAUCUUCUGCUGGGGCGACGACAAUAACGACAAGGAUACAAUACAGCACUUAAAGAAGCUAGGCCUGCAUGCAGUUAUUUAUGAUAAAAUCGAUGAGUACAACGCGAAGGAGGUGAAGGAGAGCAUCUUCCUAGUGGACGCCAGGGAGUCCCAGAAAACCUUGAUAGCCUUAGCUCAUUGUAACCAGACGUGCGGGGGACCUCAACCCAGCCAACCUCCGCAGCCUUCGGAUUCCACCAAGGAGGACUACUUCCUGGACCUGGAGAAGACCAGGAAUCUGAUUGCUCAGACGUCCACUGCCACGUCAUUGGCCUCGCUCGCGAUGAACAGCGUCGGGGGAGACAGCUUGUACCCUCUACCGACGAUAGUUUUGCCCGGUAGCUGCAACCUCCCACAGGACAAGGAAAUCGGCGACCUGACCAAAGACUUCAGCACCUGCGCCAACUCCUUCGGACACUCGCCCAAGACGAAGAAUAUAUCUGACCUGGUUCGCGGCCAGGGUGCGGCCUUCCCGGAAAUCUACACGGAGGACGAGGCGGCGAAAGACUGUCUCUGAUGCGCUUCCUAUAGGCAAUGUCUAACAUCACGGAUUUAGGGUCGUCGCAGGUUCCAUCUUAGCCGGGCAUUCUUGUCAAGGCGGGUUGAUAGCGUCGAUUGAUCGCAUCACUCGAAGCUAUCGAUCGGAUCAUGGAUAUUAAUUAUACACCCGAUGAGUUCCUAAGAGCGUGGGGUACCGACUCAGAAGAUGCGACGCUCGAAGCCGCCAUUUCCCCGGGACAUCGUGCGACGCGAACCGACUCUGGCAGAGGUUAACCCAAGAAAUUCUUUUUUUUAUCUUCUAUUUGUCCGAUCUACUCAAUUCAAAGUCUCCUGGAAAAUCGCCUGCUGCUGGCAUGGUCGGUUCGCGUUGCUGGAGGAACGAGUUACCGACAAGCUAGAUUUCUUUUUUAACGAGAUACUCGGUAACGACGCUCGAUCCGGCUGAAACUAUUCCGUACGCUGGCUAAGCUCGGCCAGAAGCAGGAAACGCUCUUCUUUUCGGGUAGAAUACGUCGCUUUGAUUGGAUUAUUUAUACUGGGUGUAACGCUCGUCGAGCGAGAGGCGCUUCGAUGUUUUAUUGCCCCGAUGGAGGUGAGUUGGCCAUAUUGGAUUCUGGUGUCGCAAAAAGUCGCACAAAAUUCUUAAUCGGUAUUUCGCGAAGCAAGUGAUGUUUUACCCAUGAUGACUAGGGCGCGAAGAAUCGAUGUACUCGCAAAAUGUAACAACGGGUCAGUUUAUGAUGUAUCGUGCAUUAAAAAACGAGAUAUCACUCUUCGAAAAUCGACCUGUUGACAGGCUCACGAUUUUAAGGAGUAACGAACACGAUAUUGUUACAAACAGGGACCGGCUAGCACAUUUUGCACGUUCAGUGAUUAUUACGGCACCCGCGUUUCGAUGAAAACGCGAAAAGUGUAACCGAAUGUCGAAUGAGAAUUUGCUACGUUUUCUCCCCUCAGACGUCACGAUUCAAAAUGGUCGACUCACCUCUACUAGGGCUUUAACACUCUCAGACAAUGCAAGAGGUGUUUGACAAAAAAUAAGUACGUUACAUGAACGAUUGGCAUUGGUGUGGCAGAUAUACGAGAUUUUCGCGCAACUGUCUCAAGACAUCGUUUAAACGGGUUGUGGAAUGCAAUUGAAAGUGAAUUAAUAGCAGCGGACACUUUGGGCAUGAAAUGCUUGCAACGGGAAUUCGGUUCAAGGGCGGGUAUUUAUUCGUUCAUCGUUCUUCUCGGAUCGCCCCUCUUAAAGGGAUACUCACUUCGUUCGAGAUGAUAAAGGGUUUAAUCCGAACCGCUAUAUUGUAUCGGUUAGUAAAUUUUAUAAAGUCGAUUGUAUCAAUCGCUGAGAUUUUUUGCCAACGUAUGUAUGGAACAUCGCCAGUCCGUUUGUUACGUAGUGCACUCCACUUGGCGCAUCGUAGUUUUCUAUUCGACAACGUUAGAUUUCGCUAUGUCGAUCAGGGUCAGGCUCGUUCUCGGUACAUUUUAUGAUGAAUGGUUAGGCAAACAUUGACCGGCCAACGGAGUCGUGCGAUACAUGACCUACUCUGAAUUCGUAUCGCUGACAAUGAUGCUGCGCCGCCCUGCCGGUUCUGUUUGUUCAAGACAAGCGAUCGUAAUGUAUACGUAAAUAUGCACUUACAUAUAUCUUUACUAUUUCUAGUG